AUGGAUAAACAAUGGAAUAAUAUCUUGGAAGCUGCAGCGAAAACUCGGUUCCCAAGCAAAACAAAAAUGGAUAUCUACAUCUUCUUGCUCUGCAUCUCCCUUCUCAUCAUCUUCCUUCGCCGCUCCUCCGCCCGCAGCCUCCCUCCGGGCCCCAUCAACCUCCCUAUAAUCGGCUCUCUCCAUCGCCUAGGCUCCCACCCCAACCAAUCCCUCUUUGAGCUAGCCAAGAUCUAUGGCCCUCUCAUGACUCUCCGCCUUGGUUUUGUGACCACUGUCAUCGCCUCCUCGGCUGAAACCGCCAAACAGAUCCUCCAAACGCACGAGCAGUCCUUCUCCGACCGCACUGUUCCUGACGUCGUCGCCUCCCAGCCUAACCCUGAGUCGACCCUUGCAUGGGCCCUUGGAGAUAGCAGGUGGCGCAACCGUCGUAGGUUAUGCAACACCCAGUUGUUCACUGUGCAAAGACUCAACUCCCUGCAACACCUUCGCCACCAGAAAGUUGGGCAACUGAUUGAACACAUCAAUAAACAAAGCGUUUCAGUCUCCCAAGUCAACAUCGGGCAAGUUGCUUUCGCGACAGCGCUGAACUUAGUAUCCACCACAAUCUUUUCCGUGGAUAUCGUGGACCCUGACUUCAAUACAGCUCAAGAGUUCAAGGAUCUGGUGUGGAGGAUAAUGGAGGAUUCAGCAAAACCAAACUUGUCAGAUUAUUUUCCAACGUUGAAAAGGUUCGAUUUGCAGGGAAUAAGGAAGCAUAUCAGGCCGUCUUACAUGAGGUUGCACGAGAUAUUUGAUGAGAUGCUUGAUAAAAGAAUGGAAGCUAGAGCAUCAGGUUCCAGUAAAAGUGGUGAUCUGUUGGAUGUGCUUCUUGAUCAAUGUGAAGAGAACCCGUCUGAUUUCAGUCGCCAAAAUAUCAAACCUUUGAUUCUGGACUUGUUCAUUGCUGGAAGUGAUACAUCUGCAAUCACAACGGAAUGGGCGAUGGCGGAGCUCCUGAGAAAACCUGAAGCGCUACAAAAAACAAGAAGGGAACUCAUAGAAGUUAUCGGCAGCGAAAGAGCUGUGACAGAAUCAGACGUGGAUCAACUCCCAUACCUUCAAGCUGUCGUAAAAGAAACGAUGCGGCUCCACCCUGCUGCUCCUCUUCUCCUACCUUAUAAAGCCAAAAAUGACGUAAAGAUAUGCGGCUACACCGUUCCCAAGAACGCACAAGUUCUUGUGAAUGCCUGGGCUAUCGGUCGAGACCCAAAAUUCUGGAGCGACCCUUUUUUGUUUUGCCCAGAAAGGUUCCUUGAUUCCGGGUUAGAUUACAGAGGUCGUGAUUUUGAGUAUAUCCCAUUUGGAGCUGGUCGAAGGAUUUGCCCUGGCUUGCCCCUUGCAGUUCGCAUGGUGGUUUUGUCUAGCUUGCUCAGUGUUUAUAUUCUGCGUCAACACCCACAACAAUCUAACCAAAAAAUGGAACUAUACAUCAUCUUGCUCUGUAUCUCCAUCGUCUUCCUACUUUUCAAGCCCUUGUUCCACCGCUCCAAGACUUUAAACCUACCACCAGGUCCCAUCGGCCUCCCCAUCAUCGGCUCCAUCCAUCGCCUAGGCGCUCACCCAAACCAAUCCCUCUCCAAGCUUGCCGAAAUCCAUGGCCCCAUCAUGACUCUUCGCCUAGGCUCCGUCACAGUUGUGGUACUCUCCUCCCCUGAAAUGGCCAAAAAAAUUCUCCAAACUCAUGCCCAAUCCUUCUCCGAUCGCCCGAUUCCUGAUGCUAUUGCUUCCAUGCCCAACCUUGAAGCUUCCUUGGUAUGGGGUCCUAGUGAUGACAAUAGGUGGCGCAAACUCCGCGGAAUGUGUAGCACCCAGUUGUUCAGUGCACAAAAGCUUAACUCUCUGCAACACCUACGCUACCAGAAAGUUGAGCAACUUAUUGAACAUAUCAGGAAACAUUGUCUUUCAGGUUCCCAAGUUAAUAUAGGUCAAGUUGUUUUUGCUACCACACUUAACUUGAUUUUCAGUACAAUGUUUUCGAUGGAUAUUGUUGAUCCGGAAUUUAGUACAGCUGAAGAAUUUAAAGAGCUGGUGUGGAAGAUGGUGGAGAGCGCAGGGAAACCGAAUUUAUCAGAUUAUUUUCCUGUCUUGAAGAGGUUUGAUUUGCAGGGAGUGAGGAAGCAUGCAAGGCUGCCUCAUGACAGGAUGCAUGAGAUAUUUGACGAGAUGAUUGGUAAAAGAAUGGAGGCUAGAGCAUCGGAUCCAGCCACCAGGAAUGGUGAUUUCUUGGAUGUGCUUCUAGAUCAAUGGGAAGAGAAUGGAUCUGUUAUCAAUCGUGAAACAAUCAAGCCGUUGAUCCAGAACUUGUUCAUUGCUGGAAGUGAGACAUCUGCAACAACCACAGAAUGGGCAAUGGCGGAGCUUCUUCGAAACCCUGACGUGAUGCAAAAGGCAAGGGCGGAACUCAUGAACGUUAUUGGCCCGGAAAGAAAAGUGAAAGAAUCAGACAUGGAUGAACUCCCAUAUCUUCAAGCUGUUGUAAAAGAAACCCUGCGGCUCCACCCAGCAGCCCCUCUUCUCUUACCAUAUAAAGCAAGAAAUGAUGUAGAAAUCUGUGGUUACACCAUACCAAAGGGCACUCAUGCUUUGGUGAAUAUAUGGGCUAUAAAUAGAGACCCAAAAUAUUGGGAUCGCCCACUUACAUUUUGCCCAGACAGGUUCAUUGGCUCCAAAAUAGAUUAUAAAGAUGGAAGCUUUGAGUUUAUACCGUUUGGAGCAGGGAGAAGGUUAUGUCUAGGAUUGCCUCUUGCGACUCGGAUGGUGCACUUGAUGUUAGCUUCCGUGAUCCUUUCCUUUGAUUGGAAACUUCCUCAAGGAAUCAAUCCACAAGAGUUGGACAUGCAAGAGAAAUUCGGUAUGACUUUGAAGAAAGCUGUACCUCUUUAUGCUAUCCCUGUAAUGAGAUAACUAUGAAUAAUCAUUAACGUAUUGGUAGAGCUUGUUCAUCAACACUGGCAUGAUUGUUGGUUACUUCUAUUUAGUUUUCGUUAUCU